GUGACAGUGUAGUUUUCCGCUUCCAUAAACAAGAGGACUGCCAGAGUUUGCUGCCAGUCCCUGUGUGCCUCUAGGCUGAGGCUUUCUCUGAGGGACACAGACAUACUGACAGAGAAAGUGAGCAAGGGUCGAAGGAGGGAGAAAGUGAGAGGACGGAAAGAGGGGAGGCAGAAAGACAGGAAAACCCAUAAGGAAAACAAAAAGACGAGAAAGAACUGACAGAAGAAGAGGAGCAGGGAGAAGAAGAGAGUAAAAUAAAGACUGUGUUAAAUCUCUCUUCUUCUCAAGGGGAAACGAUUAAGUCAUGGCUGAGAACAACACAAAUCUCUUUCUGGAAAUACUUGAGUCUUUUGAUGCGGUCCCUCUGAUCAUAGCUUUCUGUGUGUCCAUUGCGGUGGGCCUGCUUUUGGGGGCUCUGGUUUACGUGAUCUUGACCUGGAUGUCCAGACGGAGAGCAGGCUCUGCCAGCAUCACCCGCCGCCCACCUCACCAAUCACGCACCCCCUCGCGCAACCGCCCGGGCUUUAACCGCAACAGCAGCUACGACCGGCGCAGCAACAACAGUUUGAUCAGUGCCGCCUUUAGCUUCCAUCGCCAGACUUCCUCCCCAGAUCACAUUGACCCACUGGGGCACAAAUCCAGCUUCAGGGCCUCCACUUUCCACCCUCUGCUCCAGUGCAGCCAAAUCGCUAGAGAGGCAGAGGAGGGAAGCCAGACCACGCUGCCUCGUACACCCACUCUCACCACAACGACAGGAUCAGCCCACAGUGCAGCCCAGCUGACUGCCACCCCACCCAGACCUGAGUCAUUCUGGGGGAACAAUGGUCUGAGGGGUUUCCAGGCUACACCGACCCCACCUCCAGCUUAUGAGAGCAUUAUUAGAGCUUAUCAGGAAACGCGCACCUAAGAAAGGGGAGCAACAUUAUGACACUGAAUGGAUGAGCCCGUAGUUGCAAAUGGAUUUACAACUGAUAGGUAAAUAAAGCUGUACUGAUUUAUGGGACCAGGUGAAGGUGCAUGGAGACAACCACAGAAGUCAAGGUCAAUCGUGUGUCCUGCUUGUGAGAAUGACAAUCUGCAACAACAAUCACAUCUGUAUGUCUUUAAGUUAGUUAAUAUAUAUAUAUAUAUAUAUAUAUAUAUGUGUGGUUUUGACAAAAGUAUACUUGCGAUUCUUCAUUAAAUACUGACAAAAUAUUUAAAACACUAAAUUUGACCCUUUCUUCAAGGUGACCAUGACUGCUUAUUUAAGGAGGGGGAAUUUAUCACUGCUAAAAACCAGCAGUCUGUAUUGAAUGGUGAUAGAGUCUUUAUGUAUGCUUGCACAAAAUAUUUUGUUUGUUUAGAAUAAUUUACAAAUACAUUCUGCUGACUGGGCAUUCUGCUGACUGGGCAUUUGGGACGUGAGGCUUUCUCCGUGCUGAUCAUCUAACCCAACUAUGCAAAAGAUGGGAUUGUGUGAGUUUGAGUGUGUGUAUGUGUAAUCCAAAGAAAGAUGAGUGUUUGUGUGUCACCCUUCAAUUACUAAAUUGUAGAUGUGUCUCUGAAAUAUCUAUGCAACACUUAGUGGAGGCAGCUUUAAACUCAUUUGAUGUUUUAACUGCUGUUUCACUCGUGUUUUACAGAGUAUGUGGGUGCUUGUGGUUGAAAAUAAUUUAGGGUGUGUUUGCAUGUUAUAGUGUGCACAGAGAGCAUGAGAGGGACAAAAAGAGGGCACUGGGUGCAAGUAGUGUUUGUGUGUUAUGUAUGUUUGAAUGUGAUUUACUGAACUCAUAAAUUAAUGCAAUAAAAAAAACAAGAAACAACACAUGACUAUUGCGUGUUUCAUACUGGGACUGAAGCAUGUUAACUAGCACAAGCAAAACAACCACAGUGCCCUGGGGUCUGUACUAGGAAGCAAAAUAUCCAGGAUAUCUUUUUAUGCUCUGCCUUCAGUUAGUCAGAGGAAAAAUACAAUAAUAACGCUCAACUGUUUACAGAGGGGAGAGAUGAGGUCAAUCUGACUGGUACAUUCAUUUGUAAUUACGUCCAAUUAUUGUCACAGUGCCCUCACGUUGUGCUGAGCUGCAGUGACACAACAAAAGUGUACAAACAAAGCUGACAGGAAUUCUGCUAGAAAUCAAAGGGGUUUUGUAUGAUUCAAACAAAGCUUUGUCAU